AUGGGUAAACAAAACAGUAAAUUAAAACCCGAAGUUUUAGAGGAUCUGAAGCAGAACACGGAGUUCUCUGAUGCUGAAAUUCAAGAGUGGUAUAAAGGCUUCCUGAAAGAUUGUCCAAGUGGACAUUUGUCGGUUGAAGAGUUUAAAAAAAUUUAUGGGAACUUUUUCCCUUACGGUGACGCCAGUAAGUUCGCUGAACACGUUUUUCGUACAUUUGACGCAAACGGUGAUGGUACAAUUGAUUUUCGAGAAUUCCUAUGCGCAUUGAGUGUCACAUCAAGAGGAAAGCUUGAGCAGAAACUUAAAUGGGCUUUUUCAAUGUACGAUUUAGACGGCAACGGAUAUAUAUCACGUCAGGAAAUGCUUGAAAUUGUCACAAUGGUCGGUAGCGUAAUGAAAAUGCCAGAAGAUGAGAGCACACCCGAGAAACGUACUGAUAAAAUAUUUCGACAAAUGGAUAAGAAUAAAGAUGGAAAAUUAAGCUUAGAGGAAUUUAUUGAAGGAGCUAAGAGCGAUCCUUCAAUUGUUAGAUUGUUACAAUGUGAUCCGCAGUCGCACUGA